AGUUUCAGGAAGAGAUGAUGGAAGCCAUUACAGAAGCAGCAGUAGACUCGAGUGGGGUGUCAGAGGAAGCAGAGGGCCUGAGGCCUCUUGAACCAGAUGACAGUGGAACCUUUCAACAAGUCAUGAACCUCCUGGACAUCACUGACAGUGACUCAGCAAAGACGGACACGACAGGGGCAGGCCUUGACAUGCGGAAGACUCUGGCUUCAGUGAUAAUCACAGAGAAGGCCACCGCUGAGCCCUCUGUGGUGAUAAACACUCUCAUCCAUUGCCUACAGGUGCCAGAGAUUUCCACCCAGCGCAAGGUCAACAUUUACAACAUCCUCCAGGGGAUCAUCCAGCAGGAGGGGGAGCUGGAGGAGCAGUGCGUGCGGAGGCUGGUGGCCAUCGCCUCCAAGGAGAUGAGGGAGAUCCCGGAGGUAGGACCCCAGGCUCCAUUGGUGCCUUCCCUCUGCCAGCCCAGGAGCUGGGCCACUGGGGCCUGGCCCAGAAUGCCCACAGCCCUGUGCAGUUACUUCUCAUAUCAGAUGAGGCAGCAGAAGGUGGGAGGUGGGAGCCUCACGGCUUGCUGGGAUGAAGGCCUGGCUGAGAGACAUGAGCCACGGCACCCGGCCUCUAGCUUACUUUUGAAUGCUUUUCUGAUACCUGGACCAUUUCCUGGGCCCCGGCCAGGGCAGAGGGCUGAGCGAGCUCUGGACUGUUGGCAGUGGAGGGCAGCAGGGUUGUCCUCUCUGCCUUCUCCCUGCUCACCCCCAGCCUCCUGUAAUCUCCCCCACAACCUCGCAGUGUUUGAGUUCAUGCCGUACAUGGGCAUCACCCUGGCUACCAUCACCAUGCUGAGACUUGCCACUGAAGCCAAGACACGCCAGGCGAUUUGUGGUGCCAUGGAGACCUUCUGUGAGACGGUGCAGUUUUAUCUGAAGCACCUGGAGGAGAGCGUGUACCCCGUGAUGACAGAGGAGCAGUUUGCGCUGAAACUGUUCCCCAUGUAUCACUACUUCGUGACUGUGUGGCUGAGGCACCACAACCCCGAGGUGAAGCUGGGGGUGAUCAAGUCCCUGAAGCCCAUGCUCAACCUCCAUCUGCCCAACGAUGACCUGAAGGAGCAGGUCUAUGACUACAUCCCCCUGCUGCUGGCGGAGUACCUGGAGGCUCUCUUCACCACACAGGUCUUGAGGUAGAUCCUGGAAGUGUCAGUCAUCACCAACACCCCCGUCCCCCAAAUGCAGCUACACACCGUUUUCACAGAACUGCAUAUCCAGGUGUGCAACAAGGCCCCGGACCAGCAUCAGUACAGCAGCCAGAACCUGAUGGAGAUGGUGCACUGCUUCCUAGCCCUUGCUCGCUCCUACCCCAAGGAGCUGAUGAAGUUCUUCUUUAGCCAGAUGGAGAUGAGCAAGGAAGCCGUCCACGUGGGGACUCUGACUCUGAUUAGGGCUAUAGUGAGCGCAGAUGAGCCCAGGAUGAGUAUCAGGGCCAUCUACCUGGCCAUCCGGGUGGUCAAGAACACCCUCUCUGACACCCGGUCCAAGGUGAGGAUGGCUAUUCUCCGCAUCAUUGGGCAGUUGGCUCUCUCUGGCUACCAGGAGAGAAUCAAAGGCUGGGGCUUGAAGUACGUGUCUGUGCAGCUGACCUUAACUACCUACAAACUGACAAAUCACUGGGAGAACUUUUCUCAGAGGGACUCGGAGGAGAGAAUGGUCCACAGAGUCACCAUGGACACUGUAAAGAUCAUUACCUCUUCCGUCAGUGGGAUGACCAACGAGUUUUGCUACAUCAUGGAGACAGACUACAUGGAAGCCUUGACUCCUAUCUGUAUCAGCCUCACAAACCUGGCAGAGCACCAGCUCCAUGGCCAGGACGUGGAUGUCAGCAUGGCUGGCAAAAGCAGGCAAGUGGACCUGCCUGCACCUCAGAAGCUGCUGGCCCGUCUCCUGGUGCUGAUGUCAUCACCUUACAAGGGGGAUGGUCGUGGGAUAGCCAUGCUCAACCUCUUAAGGACCCUGAGCCAGAGCAUCGCACCCUCCAUGGCCGACAUGUGGGAGCUGGAGAUCCCACUACUGGUCCGGUACCUGGAAGAACAUACUGAGUUCACUUGGGAUCAGAAAGCCUGGGAGGACAAGCUGAUUCAGUUUCUGCAAAACUCCCUCAAGAAGACCUGGAGGUCCAGCGGAUGGAGCCUGUUGUUGAGUAAAGAGCUAAACAAGCAGAUUGUGAGCUUUGACAGCCCCUCUCUGGAGAAGGCUCGUCUUCACAGGGACAGGACGGGCUUGGGCCUCACCUUGGCCACAGUCCUGGAGGCCAGCAAGGUGGAGGUCCUGCUGCUGGAGCUGCUGUACAAGACAGACCUCAGCAAUGACUUUGACUGCAAGGGUGUGAUUCUGUGCUUUGGCCUGUGUGUCCUGGGCCAGGUGAAAACGGUGCUAAAUGUGCUUCAUGACUUUGAGGAGAGGAUCCAGGAGUCAGAGCAGUCCUGGCAGAUCAGCGCUUGGCAGGUAAGGCACCCUUGCUCCACAGCUGGCUCUUGGAACCUCUUAGCACAGUCCCUGGCCUGUCUUGCUCACUACUGCAUGCCCAAGGCUGCAGCUUGGAUUCUUCCGGGGCUGCUCACAAACAUCCUCUCUCUCCUUUUCCUCUUCUGGGAACGGGACGUCUGUCUCGAAAUGGCCUUCAUGAAGAGUGUUGUGCAGGUUACCAAGGCCAUCAACUACAUCAAGGACCUGGAGGACUUUCAGUUUGCCCAGAAGACGACUCUCACUAGCAUCAUAGUGGCGGUCCUCGAGGCGGAGACGACUGACAACCUGGUUUCUGCAGUGCGAGCCUUCGCGAUGGAGGCCCUCUUGCACCUGAGCAAGCUGAAGCCUUUCUACUCCACGGAGGAAAACAGUGAGCUGAUGGAUACCAGCAUACAUUCGGUAAUUUCUCUCCAACUCCCAGGAGAGGACAAUGAGUCCAUUAAAACCCUGUAUGCAAACGCCCUAAGCACCCUGAAGCAGCUGAUGGAGAGCCUCUUGCAGAGGGAGCUGGACCCCAGGCAGCUGCAGGAGAUGGUGCAGCUCCUGAAAAAGUGGAUCCUGACGGAGAAGGAAUGGGAGCGGGAAAAGGCCAUGAGCCUCCAGCUCUAUCUCACACGGAUCUAUGUCUAUAGCACUGGCGUCUGCAUCCCUCUGAAGCUGGGGCAGUUUGGCACAAUGGUCAGGCUUAUCGCCCCGUGCACCUGUGAUGCCCAUCAAAGAACCCGCAUGGCCUCAAUGAAUGUCUUGUCCAGCCUGCUGGAUCUUCACACAAGCCAGACCAGCUCCUUGUGGGGCCCUUCCAAGAAGAAGCAGCUUGAGAAAUGUAAGGAGGACCUCCAGGGCACAGACAUGGAAAAGAUCUGUGCAUCCUCCAGAAUCACCAAGGUGGUCUGCACAGAGUUUAACUGUGAUGAGGUGGUCUCACUCAUCCAGAAGCUCUGCAAGAACAUUGGGGCCAUGGACCUGCAGCAUGACAAGGCCUCUGUCACCUGGAUAGGCUCCUUCCUCCAGAUGUGGACCAAGGAGCUGGAAGACAAGGUGGCUGAGAUCCUGGGCACCAUCCUGGUGCACCUGCCGGUGAUGGACCACCCAGAGGUGCGGUGCUUUCUCAUUGAAGGCAUCCUGCUGCUGGCACACCGCCACUGGGAGACCAUCCUCACGUCACUCCUGAGGCAGCCUCUGCCCAUGGAGAGCCACCUGGCAGAGGUGUGGCUGGCCACGUCGGAGAACGUGCCCUUCACCCGGACCAUGCUCCACAGCCUGAUGGGCCUGCUGCAGUCAUGGCUCAGCCCCAGGGUCAGUGCCACCUUGAAGGCUGACAUCUGGCGCUUGACUGCAGUGGACCCUCUGAUGACCCUGUGCACCAUCCACCUUCUCAUGGAGAAGCUGGAUGAGAACGACAGCCUCCCGGACUUCCUCCCUGACCUCAUCUACACCCUCCUGCUGCAGCUUGGCAGCAGCCACCAACCAGAGGCCGCCUCGCCAGUCCUGAAGACCUGGAGGCUGGUCUACACCACACCUCUGCCCGAGGAGAUGAACCUGCAAAGGGUCACCAUCAAGUCCAUGCAGCUCUUGUUCAAGAGAAUCAAGAGCCAGCACCUGGCAUGUGACCUGGAUGAGCAGGCGGUGUGGGACCUCCUGCAGGGCAGAAGGACGUUCCUGGAGGGCUUGAGCCUGCUGGCCAGGUUGUGCAUGCAGCAUGUGGAGGGCCACAGGCAGAGGCUGGCGGAGCUGGUGCUCAGGGGCAUGGACUCAGAAGUCCUGAACUGCCACAUCAGCAGCACGGCGGCCUGCGUGGAAUUCAUGAGCGACCUGGUUCUGUACCAGGAGAAGCUGCUGAAGCCGGCGGUGGUGCUGCUGGAGAAGGGGGCCGACCAGAAGGAGGAUGAGGCCCUGCGGGUGCUCCUGCGUGCCCUUGGCAACAUGGCCCUGGGCGCCCCCAUGAAGGUGAAGCAGUUCCGGAAGGUAUUGCUGGAGAAGUGCCGUCCCCCAAGGGAGCCCACGAGCACCAGUGUGACUGCUGAGGCUAUAAACGCCCUGACCAAGAUCCUGGCAGAGCUCCGAGAACGGGAUGUGGGGUCCUUUUUUGAUGCCAUCUCUGAGCAGUGCAGGAUCUUCUUUGACAACGAGAGCAAGCUGCUGCGUCUGAAAGCCUUCGUACUCUUUGGGAAGCUGGCAAGGGUGGUCGGGAUGUCCAAGAAGCAUUUCUUCAAAGGGAAGGUGAAGAAGGCCUGGAUCCCCCUCAUGCUGCACUCCCAGGACCCCUGCUCCGACUCACCCCAAGCCUGUAUGGCUACCAUGUUUCAGUGUGUACACUUCUGGGGCUGGAAGUCCCUGCAGUGUCCCUCACGGCCAUGUGAUACCACUACCGAUGACAAGAUGACUGUUUUCCAGACAACCAUGUGUUCCAUCCUGUCUCAGAAAAAGCCAGCUGUUCUUUACAGCUUCUUUCUAGAAACGAUGGUCUCUGUUAAAAAUAGCUUGUCAAGGAUCAGAAUCGCAGCUUGCAACUUGGCAGGAAUUAUUAUGAAGCAGAUGUCUACACAUCAUCUGAAAAAGCUGGACAUCCCAGCAUUGCAGAAUUCCCUCCAGGAACUACAGCUGGACCCGGAUCCUGAGGUCAGGCGGGCAGCCCUGGAGACGCUCAAAGUCCCGGAUAGCUGUAGUCAGCACAGGCUUCUGGCUUCACCCAAAGGAAUGUCCUGGGUGGUCCAAACAUAAGAUGUAAACUGUCUUCUUAGGGCCAAAUGCAAGCCCUUAUCAAUGUCGUUUGUAAGAAGUUUAGUUUGUAGGAAAAACAUUGUGAACUAAUUACUCUCCUUUUCUUUCUUCCAUUGAAAUAAACCUCCACUGCCAUCGGAGU